CAGCCCCUUCAGCACACAUGGCAGCCGCCUCCGGCUCCAACGCGCCCAUCAUCAGCGACGCCCUCGUUGCUUGGCCACCACCUCCCUCCACAGCCCGCUUCGCUGCCGCAUCUCCUCCCCAGACCGCUCGCAACUCCCGCUUCGGCCUCGCGUCACCUCCAACAAACAGCUUCCCUACCUUUGCUGACAUCCCCCUCCACCUCCCAGGCUAUGCUCCCUCUCCCUCUUCCUCCCACGACAAUGCCCCGCCCAGUCCAAAAGGCAAAGGCCGCGCACCCCUCUCCAUCGAUGUCGAGGUAAACUACGACGACGAGCCCCGCAGGCUAGAGUCCGGCGCGCCGCGGCGCCCACUGACCCCCGCGCAGCUUGGCCGCAUUGCCCAGUCCUUCGGUAUCAUCGCGCCCAACGGCCUGCGCGUGGCCGACGCACCUCCCGCGCGCACAGCGCGACCACGCUCCCCGAAUGCUGGGCAUCCCUCCCACUUGUCCAUCCCCACACAGAACCUCGUCGCUGUUGUGCCUCCCGCGAGCUUGCUUCCGCCGGAUGACACUCUGAGUCCCGCAGAGGAACGCGAGCGGACGAGGCGAUUCAGGCGGGGAAGGUUGCUGCCAUUGCAGCCCACCCUCAGUGGCAUGCUCGCGGUCAUUGCGCGCGAGUUCGGCCUGCCAUCCACGCUGGGCCUCUUCCUUUAUCUCGGCUCCAACGGUGGGAGCGGGCGGGAACGACUCCUCGGAUCCCGGAGCUCAGAGACGAGUGACGAUGACGACUCCGGCCCCCUCAUUACCUCAGCAACCUGGCCCAGCCUCUUUGCACAUGUCCCCAGAUCAUCGUCGCCUCAGACAACACCAUCAGCAACCCCGCGCAGGCUCAAGCGUUCAUUUGGCAUGUCGACGCCAAUGACUGCCUCCCCACUGACCACCGUGGGCGACAGCAUAGCGCGCGGACCUUCCCCGGGCGCUGAUAAGCAGCAGGAGAACGCGAUUGACGAGCCCUCAACCUUCCGCACGUCGCAGGGGUCGUCUUCCGCUUCGUCCUUCUCCCCUCGCACUCCCGGCUCCAUCCACUCCGCAGCGUCAACCGCGCCGGUCUUUGGGACGAUCGAGUUGGCCGUCGAUCCGAACGAGGCGCGUUGGCUCGGCGCAUGGCUCAAGGCUGGAGGGCCCAUCCGCCGGCGUGCCGCUUCCGACUCGGCUGCAGACCACCCCACGCUCGAGCGCCGCCUGAGCUCGACCGCAUCACAAGGCAGCUCUCAUGCCUCUGGGAGCCUGCUCGGAAUACGCAACCUCCACCUGGUCGAGAGAUUGAAGGACGAGCGCCCAAAGUUCCUGCGCGACAUGGAAGAGCGGGAACGAGCUCUCGAGCGCGCGCGAGAAGCAGAGCGGGAAGCCAAAGCCCUCGCGGCGAUCGCAGCACAACGCGUCGCCGAGAUGGAAGCGCUGCGGCGACAAGCGGAGGAGGCUCGCGCGGCCGACGAGGCAAGACUCCGCGCCGAGAUGGAGGCCGAAGCCGAGGCGGAAGAGGAACGGCGACGAGCCGAAAUGCAGGCUCAAGCCGCUGCUGAGGAGGAACGGCGACGCGCCGAGGCCGAAGCUCAAACCGCCGCGGAGGAGGAGCGCCAGCGUCUCGUUGAGGCCGAGGUGCAACGGCGCCUGGCGGAGCAGCUCGCCGUCGAGGCGGAGCGGCGGCGCCUGGCCGAGGAGAAGGCGAACGAGGAAGAACGCGAGCGGAGAUUAGCCGAGCAGGCCGCCGAGGAGGAGCGCCGCCGGCUGGCCGUCGAGAAGGCGGUGGAGGAGGAGCGGAGACGGGCCGCUGAAGCGGCUGCCGCCGCGGCCGCUGCUGCCGCUGCCGCUGCUGCCGUUGCUGCUGCCGCCGUCGCCACGGAACAACGACGGCGCGAGGAAGCCGAAGCCGCGGCUGCUUCAGCUGAGGAACAGCGCCGGCGGGCUGAAGCUGACGCCGCCGCCGCCCUCGCGGAGGAACAGCGUCGGCGCGAGGAAGCCGAGGCCGCCGCUGCCGCAGCCGAGGAACACCGACGACGUGGUGAGGCCGAAGCCGCCGCGGCAGAGGAGCGCAGGCGGGUGGAAGCCGAGGCCAGGGCGAAGGCUGAGGCUGAGGCGGCUACCGCCGCUGCCGCUGCUGCUGCGGCCGCUGACCAGCUGCGCCGUCGGGAAGAGGCCGAGGCAGCUGCUGCGGCCGAAGCGGAGCGCGUGCGCAGGCUCGAAGAGGAGCGCCUGCGCGAGGCGGAGGAGAGGCGUCUGCGAGAGGUAGAGGAGCGCGUCCGUGAGCAAGAGGAGACGCGCCUUCGCGAACGAGAAGAGGAGCGCCUUCGCGAGCUCGAGCGCUCAACGCCAUCAGCCUCUCCCGAGCCCGAGUACGCGGCACUCGACGACGAUGACGACGGCGGGUCCAACUACAGCCACUCUACGAGCCAGAACCACGCAACAGCGCUCUCUUUGAGCGACGAUCCGAUGGACGAUCUGGCGGCAUUGCGUGCCGACCGCGCCCCGCGCCAAGGACCGCUGACCGAGUUUGACAUCGGCACCGACCGCGCUCUGAAUGGCCCCAUGUCUCUCGAACACCUCCCCGUGUCGUCUUCGCAGGACAGCUUGAAGGAGGUAGCCGCGCUGCUCAACGUUGUCGACGCCAACCCCGAGGUCCUCUCCGAUCCCUCGCUCGCCUCGCCGCGGCCGCCUGCGACAGAGCUGCUGGCCGGGCCUGAGGGGUCGACGCCGCUGUCUUCGGGGACGAGCCUUCUGGCAAGCCCAUUUGUUGAGAAGAAUGAGUCACGCCUCGCAUCGCCUAUCAACCUUCCUGGGCGAAGCUCGUCGCGCGGCCUCGCCGACUUCCCUGUCAGCCCCGCCGAGUCGUCCAGAGGAGCUUCCUCCGACGUGCCGACGCCCAUCAUCCACUCUCCAGCUCUUGCUCAUCUCCGCGGCGCGACCACCAGUUCUGACCAGCGUGGCUCGGGUCAGGUCAUGGAAGAUCAACUGAACAACCUUGAGAAGAUGAUGCGAGAUCUGUCGCCAAGAGACAUACAAUUCAAUCAGCAGUGGCCGUCACCCCCGACGUCGUCGUCGCCGCCACCACCUGUGCCCCCAAAGAGCCCAACAACAUGGGUGACCGAUCUCCCGCCUCGAGGCGCGUCUAGACUCCCUUAUCUGCAGCAGCCAGAUGAGGGAAAAACUCAUGCCUUUGGUGCACGUUCAGUCUCGGAACCCACAAAGGGCUCGCACCCCUCGCAAGUUUCUUCCCCACCCCCGAUCCCUUACCGCGACCCCAAGGCUCGACCAGGUCAUGCGCAGCGCCCAUCGGCCACCCUCUCAGCUGGUGGCUCCCCACUCGUUACCGCCUCUCCGCUCGACCCGCUCAGCCGCUUCCCUGGCGGGGUGCUUCCCGCAACAGCGUCCAUUCCCUCCAACUCACCAGCAGCGCCACCGCGCCCGGCGCGCCCGCCCACGCCCGACCUUACCGGCCUGGAGAUUGCGCCCCACCAUCUGCCGCAAAACAUGGCCGUGCGUGUGGAGAAGGGCACCUCGCCCCGGGAAAACCCCUCGCGCACGCCACGACCCAACUCGAUCUCGCUCAAGGGCCUCAAGCGCCAGGUCAGCAAGACGGUGCUGCGGCCGCAGAGGACGGGUGGAUCCGGCACGCACGACCCCGUCGGCCUGUUCCCGCGGCAGGCGGGUGAUCUACCGCCGCCGUCGUCAUUCGCGUCGAUGCGCAAUGACGCGUUCCACGGGCGCGAGGCCAGCGGCGCGAGCACGGACAGCGACGAGAGCUCGCUCCGCUCGCGCCUAUUCAGCUUUGGGGCGCGGCGGCGGCGCGAGAGCGCCGACGAGCGCAUCAGCCACAUCUCGAGCCCCAUCGCCGCGUCCCACAAACCCGUCACGCCCGCCGACCUCAUUGCGCAGGCGCCGCCCGCCACCCUCGCCGCCCUGCCGUCGCUGACGGCUUCGGCGUCCGCCACGUCGCUGCAUGAGCGCCCGGACUCGCUCAGCUCGCCGUCGCCCAGCUCGCCCCGCCAUGUGCGCCGCAAGCCUGUCCCCUCUAUCGAGGGCAAGGAGAGCCGCAGCAGCGCACACGGCAGCGACCUCGACCCCGUCCCCUCCCUCCCCUCCCUCCCCCUACGCACCACGGUCAUUUGAACGCUACUGUAGGUUAUAGUGCGGCUUGCAGAUACAUGCAACGUAUAGUGUACACCAGUGUAUGUACCACCUUGC